CUUCUCUUAAAUUUCAUCUCUUUCUAAAACUCAUAAUCUUUCUCUAUCUAUCCACACCUUUCACUCAUUCUCUUCUUUUUUCUUUCUUUGAAGCAUGUUUGUUUCUUCAACCAAAUUUUCUUUUCUUUAGUUAACCACAAAUCAAGAACAUUUCAAAUCUUUUAUUUUCUUCAAGUGGGAAAAACAAAAGAUUAUUCAAGAUUCAAGACUUGCACUUAAUCUUUAGUUUUGUUGGUACCGAGUUGAAGUGAAUUAGAUAAAAAUGCCCUUAGAAGGGGUUAUAAUUGAACCCUCUUCAACCCCAGUUCCUGAUCUUUCUUUACAAAUUAGUCCUCCUAAUACUACUUUUCUUUGCAUCAAUAGUACUGCUACAACUAAAGCUUCAGCUGCUACAGACACAAGCUUCAGUCUCUUAACCAGACAAGAAGGUAAUAAUAAUCUUAAAUCAUCAAAAACCAUGAGAUUAGAUUCUCAAGCUUACACUGAGCUAUCUCUAGCUCACCCAGCACCAACAAUAAAUGUUCUUGAUGAUGAAACAAGAAUCAGAAGGAAUUUCUCAGCUUCUUCUUCAACACAGCACAGUAACAACCCUUAUCACCAAAAUCUUCAUAACCAUAACCAUCAUCAUCGUCACUUAAAUCAUAUAAACCAUGGAGUAUCUUUGCUUGAUGUAUCAGACGGUUUAAGGCCAAUAAAAGGAAUUCCAGUGUAUCACAACCGUUCGUUUCCUUUUAUGCCAUCAUCAGAACAACAGCAUCAUCAUCAACAGUCAUCAAGAGAGAAUAUUUUGAAUACUAAUAAUAAUACUAACAAUCAUAUUAAAGAUCCGAAGAUGUGUUUUUACCAAAUGCCUCAUCCCGGUUCUUCUUCUUCUUCUCCGUAUUAUAUUGGAGAUCCAAUGGCUAUGCUUAACUCAUCAGGAGUACUCUCAAAUAAUCAUCACCACCAUCAUCAGUCUGUUCCGACGUAUAACCGGCUAGCCGCGACAGCGAGGUUUAACGGGCUGUCAAUGGAUGCUUUUAAAACACACCACCAUCACCACGGCCACCAGUAUGGAGUCGGAUCCGCCGGAGAAGCGUCCCAUGGUUUGAUUAGAUCAAGAUUUUUGCCUAAAUUACCUACAAAAAGAAGCAUGAGAGCACCGAGAAUGAGAUGGACUAGCACUCUUCAUGCUCGAUUUGUUCAUGCCGUUGAGCUUCUUGGUGGCCAUGAAAGAGCUACACCAAAGUCAGUUCUUGAGCUUAUGGAUGUUAAAGAUCUUACAUUAGCUCAUGUGAAGAGCCAUUUACAGAUGUAUAGAACUGUUAAGACGACUGACAAACCUGCAGCCUCUUCAGGUCAAUCAGAUGGAUCUGGGGAAGAAGACAUUUCCACCAUGGGUAGCGGAAAUGACCGUAACGGCGGCGGUUUACGGAGAUUUUCCGAUCAAAGAGGAAGUUUAGAAGGGUCAGUGCAACAAGAAAUGGAUUACCCUUGUACUGCUACUACACUUUGGAGUAAUUCUUCAAGUAGAGAAGCUUGGCUACAAACAAACUCCAAUGACACGGAUGGGAUCAGAGAAGCAACAUUUCAAUCACAACAAAGAUCUGGAAAUCCAAUUCAGGAAAGCAAUUCAAAUGGGCAAAAAAGGUACAUAGGGAGUAGUAUGGAUUGCAAGAAUCCAAGCUUGGAGUUCACAUUAGGCAGACCAGACUGGCAAGGAAAUGAACAUUAACUCAUAUCAUAAUUUUACUAUAAUCUUAAUUUGUUGUCUAAGUUCUUUUAAUUGAAAUUUAAUUACAAAUUUCAAAAAAUCAGUCUUGACCAUCAAUGAGAAGAUAUAUAUAGAUGUGUCAAAGGUUGUUGCCAAGGAGGAAUUUGGGUUUUUUAUGUUUUUUUUUAUUGAAAACAUAUAAUUAUCUCAAAGGUUUUGUGAGUGGGGUGGGUGACUAGCUAAUGUUGCAGAUUUCAUGAGAGUUUGUAAAUUUAGGAAAUUGAGCUAAUUAAAUCUUCACUUGGUUUGUUGAAGAUUAUGGUUAUUUGUCAACUCCAGCUUCUAUAAUGGAGAAUGUCGCAUAAA